AGAGCGAGCGAGCGAGCGAGCCACAGGGGCAGACGCGGACUCGGCUCGCUCGCUCGAUAGACGCGCGGCGGCGGCGGCAGAAGCAAGCCGAGGAGCGGGCGCGGGGGGGGGGGUCCGAGCCUGUGGCGAAGAGGGCCCAGGAUUGGGGCUUGGACGGAGAGGCGCAGUGAGGCGAGGGAAGGAAAGCCUGCAGGAGGUGGCCUGAGAGGCCUUCCAGGAGUCUAGAGGAAAGGGAGGGCGGGCGCUGCUGCUGCAGCAGCUGGCGGUGGUCGUAGGACUCCUGGCGGGGACUUGCGAGAGGAACGGGAAGCUGCCGUUUCCCGGCUUUGCGUGCCUGUGAGCGCCCAGGGCGGCAGCGGUAGGAGGAAGCGCUGCUUCUGCUGCGUUAAUCUCGCACUAUAUUUAUUUACUCCGUGCCUCCCUCCCUCCUUUCCCUUCCUGUUGUGGCUCUUUCUUCUUCCUUAAUCAGGUCCACUCCCUUCCUUACCUGAAAAGGGUGGCAGCUCUUUGCCCCUGUAAAUUUGUGGCUAGCUUUGGAAGCCUCUUUCCACCCGCACUGCUCCUUCCCUAUCUAUGCACAUGAUGAGGAUUGGAUGAAGGGAAAGGAGACAGAGAAAGAGACGCUUCUUCUUGGUAUCUCCCCCCAUUGGGACCCGGCAUUCCGCCGCCUGUUCUUGCCUCCCUCGGCUCGCCUCUGCUGUGGUUUGUAUGAGGUGUGUGAGAUAAGGCGGGAAUAGGAGCCACGGCAAGAGGGGGGUGGAGAGGGGGAGGAGGCGGAGGGGGGAGAAGAAUAGGGUGCGCCGCCGAAGAGACCAUGAGGAAAUUUAACAUCAGGAAGGUGUUGGACGGCCUGACAGCGGGCUCGUCGUCGUCCUCUUCGGCUUCCUCCUCCACGCAACAGCAGCAGGCUGCAACCCGAGAGAACGACAUCCAAGAGACCCUACAGUCCGAGCACUUCCAGCUCUGCAAGACUGUACGCCAUGGGUUCCCCUAUCAGCCUUCGGCUUUGGCUUUUGAUCCUGUUCAGAAGAUACUUGCCAUUGGGACUCAGACUGGUGCUUUAAGGCUUUUUGGUCGGCCUGGAGUUGAAUGCUAUUGCCAACACGAUAGUGGUGCUGCAGUAAUCCAGCUUCAGUUUCUGAUCAAUGAGGGAGCCCUUGUGAGUGCCUUGGCUGAUGAUACCUUACACUUAUGGAACUUGCGUCAGAAGAGGCCUGCUAUACUGCACUCCCUAAAAUUUAACAGAGAAAGGAUAACAUUUUGCCAUCUGCCUUUCCAGAGUAAAUGGCUGUAUGUGGGCACUGAAAGAGGAAAUAUACACAUUGUCAAUGUAGAGUCCUUCUCCCUCUCAGGCUACGUCAUAAUGUGGAAUAAAGCCAUUGAACUGUCAUCCAAGUCCCAUCCUGGACCUGUUGUCCAUAUUAGUGACAAUCCAAUGGAUGAAGGCAAACUUUUGCUUGGUUUUGAAUCAGGAAUAGUGGUAUUAUGGGACCUCAAAUCCAAGAAAGCAGAAUACAGAUACACCCAUGAUGAGGCAAUCCAUUCUGUAGCUUGGCAUCAUGAAGGCAAGCAAUUUAUUUGUAGCCAUUCAGAUGGAACCUUGACUAUAUGGAAUGUAAGGAACCCUACAAAGCCAUUGCAGACAAUCACUCCACAUGGAAAGCAGGUUAAAGAUGGAAAGAAGCCAGAGCCUUGUAAACCUAUUCUUAAAGUGGAAUAUAAAACUACCAGAGCUGGAGAACCUUUUAUCAUCUUGUCAGGUGGCUUAUCAUAUGACACUGUGGGAAGACGACCCUGUUUAACAGUUAUGCAUGGAAAGAGCACUGCUGUUCUAGAAAUGGAUUAUUCAAUAGUUGAUUUUCUAACCCUCUGUGAAACUCCAUACCCUAAUGAUUUUCAAGAGCCAUAUGCUGUGGUCGUUCUUCUAGAAAAAGAUUUAGUACUUAUUGAUCUUGCACAGAUUGGGUAUCCUAUAUUUGAGAAUCCAUAUCCCUUGAGUAUACAUGAAUCUCCAGUUACCUGUUGUGAAUAUUUUGCUGAUUGUCCUGUGGACCUUAUUCCAGCACUUUAUUCAGUUGGAGCACGACAAAAGCGACAGGGCUAUAGUAAAAAGGAAUGGCCAAUCAAUGGUGGAAACUGGGGUUUGGUCACACAAAGUUAUCCAGAGAUCAUUAUUACAGGGCAUGCGGAUGGAUCAAUCAAGUUUUGGGAUGCCUCUGCAAUAACAUUGCAAGUUCUGUACAAACUAAAAACAGCUAAAGUCUUCGAAAAAUCUCGAAAUAAAGAUGACAGGCCUAGCACAGACAUAGUAGAUGAGGAUCCAUAUGCCAUUCAGAUCAUCUCAUGGUGUCCAGAAAGCAGGAUGCUGUGCAUAGCAGGAGUUUCUGCACACGUUAUUGUUUACAGAUUCAGCAAACAAGAAAUUACAACAGAAGUUAUUCCGAUGCUUGAAGUACGACUAUUGUAUGAAAUAAACUAUAUAGAAUCUCCAGAUCCUGAGCAAGUGCCACCACUGCCUACUCCCAGCACAGGUUCCAAUCCUCAACCUAUCGCUCCCCAGUCUCAUCCAUCCACUAGCAGCAGUUCAUCUGAUGGGCUUCGUGAUAAUGUCCCAUGUUUAAAAGUUAAAAACUCUUCCCUCAAACAGUCUCCAGGCUAUCAGGUUGAACUGGUUAUCCAGUUAGUAUGGGUGAGUGGAGAACCUCCUCAGCAAAUAACAAGCCUUGCAAUCAAUUCUGCCUAUGGCUUAGUAGUUUUUGGAAAUUGUAAUGGUAUCGCGAUGGUUGAUUAUAUCCAAAAGACCACACUCUUAAACCUUGGCACCAUUGAAUUGUAUGGUUCUAAUGAUCCUUACAGGAGGGAACCUAGAUCUCCUCGUAAAAGUAGACAACCAUCUGGAGCAGGUCUUUGUGAUAUCAAUGAAGGUACAGCAGUACAAGAGGAUCGUUGCAAGUCUCCCACCUCAGGUUCUGGUUCCCCCAACUUUUCUGAUGAUGAUCAAAAAAUGGAUAAUUUUAUAGAAAAGGUGAAAACCAAAAGCAGAAAAUUUUCCAAGAUGGUAGCCAGUGAUAUAGCAAAGAUGUCUAGAAAAUUAAGCUUACCAACUGAACUGAAACCUGAGUUAGAAAAUGGAACUGGAAUGUUCUCACGCUAUAAAGGACACAAGAAAGGUUCAUGUAAACUAAAAGUCAAAGAGGCAGAAUUCAAGAAGUCACACUCAUCCCCUAAUUUCAAUGUUAGAGACAACUCCUUCAGCCGAUCGAGGAGCUCUAGUGUAACCAGCAUUGAUAAGGAAUCCCGAGAAGCAAUUUCAGCUCUUCACUUCUGUGAGACUUUCACUCGGAAAGCUGAUACGGCACCUUCACCAUGUUUGUGGGUUGGUACUACUUUGGGCACAGUUCUAGUCAUAGCAUUGAAUUUACCACCUGGAGGAGAGCAAAGACUACUUCAGCCAGUAAUCGUAUCUCCCAGUGGAACCAUUCUGAGGCUUAAAGGUGCAAUCCUGAGAAUGGCUUUUCUGGACACUACAGGAUCAUUAGUUCCACCAGCAUAUGAACCCUGGAGAGAACCCAAUGUUCCUGAAGAAAAGGAUGAAAAGGAUAAGUUGAAAAAGCGCCGACCUGUUUCAGUGUCUCCAUCUUCCUCUCAGGAAAUCAGUGAAAAUCAAUAUGCAGUGAUAUGUUCUGAAAAGCAAGCAAAAGUUAUUUCGCUACCCUCACAGAACUGCACUUAUAAGCAAAAUAUAACAGAGACUUCAUUUGUCCUUCGUGGAGAUAUUGUGGCACUGAGUAACAGUAUCUGCCUUGCUUGUUUCUGUGCCAAUGGACAUAUAAUGACUUUUAGUUUGCCAAGUUUAAGGCCGCUGCUGGAUGUAUAUUACUUACCACUUACCAACAUGCGGAUAGCCAGAACAUUUUGCUUCACCAACAAUGGGCAGGCAUUGUAUCUUGUCUCACCUACAGAAAUCCAGAGAAUCACCUACAGUCAAGAAACGUGUGAAAAUCUGCAGGAAAUGUUGGGUGAACUCUUCACACCAGUAGAAACACCAGAAGCACCAAAUAGGGGUUUCUUCAAAGGCCUGUUUGGAGGUGGUGCACAAUCGCUGGACAGAGAAGAACUCUUUGGUGAAUCAGCUGCUGGAAAGGCAUCAAGGAGCCUUGCCCAGCAUAUCCCAGGUCCUGGUGGUAUUGAAGGAGUCAAAGGAGCAGCAUCUGGAGUAGUUUGUGAAUUGGCACGAGCCAGGAUAGCACUAGAUGAAAGAGGACAGAAGUUGGGAGAACUGGAAGAACGAACAGCAGCCAUGUUAGCCAGUGCUGAUUCUUUCUCAAAGCAUGCGCAUGAGAUGAUGUUAAAAUGCAAAGAUAAGAAAUGGUACCAGUUCUGACGACACAUUUUCAGAUACAUCUAUAUAAAUUUACCUUGAAGAAAAAUCUCCUUUUCAUUAACUUCUGCAGGACCAGUGGAACUGGAAGGGUGUCAGCCAGUGGAUACUGAUGUUUCCUAGCACAAAUUACACACUGUUUUACCUCAGUCAUACAGCUUUAACUGAGGAUCAUUAUAAAUGAAACUGACACCCACAGCGUAUGUAUGUGUGUCUUACCAGUGGGCUAACUGGGAGAUUGGGAACGGAAUCCAUAGCAGAGAGAACACAUGGACAAAAAGGAGAAUUUGGUAUCAGAUGAGCAGGGGCAAUGCAGGAACUUUCCUGUGUUAAUUUCAUAUGCCAAAAGUUUUGUGCUAUUGUUGUUGCUGCCAGUGUUUCACCCUCCCAUGGGAGGCUGCAAUAAAUCAGGGGUCCGAGAUCUAGAGUAAAGUUGUUCAUUUUACAGGACUACUAGUAGCUGAUCUACACCUUCCCUCCUUAGAGCACGUCAUAAUAGCUGUUACUGAAAAUGACUUCUGCUACCACUUCUCUGAUCUGACAGACUGGACGUUUGUGAACUCCAUCCUGAAUCUAUACAUAGUUAACAUGCACAUAGUCUCUUCUUGGACCCCUGAUCUAGUAUUCUUGUAUUUGCAUCAUCAUACUGUGGCUGUGAUCAGUCUUCAUGAUAAACCAUGGCUUAUCAUGACUGGAAUGAACUGCAGCAAGCCUCGAGUUUAUAUGCUCUCCAAUCCACUCUUCCCUGAAUGUGAGAAGAGCAGAUGUUUUUGCUUUAUUUAGUUUUUAUUAACUGUCGUUUGUCAUUUUGACUGAACCCAGUAAAAGUCAGAUAACUUCAAGCAAAUUAUGAUAUACUUUAACCCAGCUUGAAGUGGGUUAUUUCAGCAAACCAUGAUUAAGAUUAAGCACAGUUUAGGUUUCACAUACAACGCUAAGCUGCAUUUAAUCAAAACCUAAAAUUUCCAAUCUUCCCAUACUCAUACUGGGAGAAAGAGAGAGAGAGAGAGAUUGAGAGAGAGAGAGAUUGAGAGAGAGAGAGAGA